AGGGAGGCGACGGAUCCCGCUGCUAGGUCAAGUCCUACCGGUCGUUCUUCCCCGGCAGACGACCCCGCGAAGUCCUGCAAAGCCACGGGGCCACCGUAAAGCCCGAGCCAUGGGUCGUAACCACUUCGGGGGAGCUCUUGUGACGCAGGCCGUGGUGCGGAUGACCGCCAACCAAGGCGGACGGCCGAGGGCACUGGCUGGGCCAUGCGCAAGGGUGCCUUUUACCACCAGGCGCUAAAUGAGCGUGACUGUCCAGCCAGGGUACCAGCUUGCCAACCCGCCCCCUUCUCUCGCUUCCCCCGGCUGCCCGGGAUCGGCAGGAGCUACCCGGGUGAUCCCGAGGCUGAGCCGCCGAGCGCCAUGGCCAAGCCGUUCGGGGCCAUCCGGCUGGGAACCUAUCUGGACAUCAAGAGGAGUGACGGGCGGAUCCACCCGGCGCUGGUGACGGCGCUGCACGACGACGCCAACAACGUGACGGUGGAAUGGAUCGAAAGGGGCACCAACAAGGGCAAAAAAGUGGAGCUCGGCCAAGCUUUCAGCCUCAACCCUCACUUGGCCCCGAUGGAGUUCAGCCCGGGAAUGCUCUCCCCGCAAACCCCGUCGGAGCAGGGCGACCACGCCACGCCGCCGCCCCACUACGCGGGGACACCCGCCGGCAGAGAGCAGCCGGGAGGGGACGGCGUGGAGCGCGAGCUGAGGAGAGCCCCUUCGACGGCCGCCCGCAAGUCGCCCUGCGUGCUGGAGGUGGAGCGGCUGCGCCUGGAGCGCGAGAAGCGCCACUUGGCCCUGCUGGAGAGGAGAGCCCGGCGCGACGCCCGCGACGCCCACCCGCACGCGGACUUGAUCGCCGUGAUCCAGCAGUGCCGCGAGGCCCUGUUGCGCGGCGGCGGAGGGGCCGCACUGCUGGCCCAGAGUUGCCUCCUGCCGCAGAGCGGCCGCAACGACGGAGCCGCUGCCCGCAAGAUCUGCGUCUGCGUCCGAAAGCGUCCGCUCAACCAGCGGGAGGCGGAGAUCAAGGAGGUGGACGUGGUGACCAUCCCCUGCUCGGGUGUGGUGAUGGUGCACGAGGCCAGGCAAAAGCUCGACCUCACCCGCUACCUGGAGCACCAGACCUUCCGCUUCGACCACGCUUUCGACGACGGCGCCACCAACGAGAGCGUCUACGAGCACACGGCCCAGCCGCUGGUGGAGACCAUCUUCCGUGGCGGCAUGGCUACGUGCUUCGCCUACGGGCAGACGGGCAGCGGCAAGACCCACACGAUGGGAGGGGACUUCUCUGGCAAGAAGCAGGACUCCACCAAAGGCAUCUACGCCAUGGCCGCCCGCGACGUCUUCUUCCUGCUGCAGCAGCCCACUUACAAGAUGCUGGAGCUCCAGGUCUUUGGCGCCUUUUUUGAGAUCUACUGGGGAAAAGUCUACGAUUUGCUGAACUGGAAGAACCGGCUAAGGGUCCUGGAGGAUAGCAACCAGCAAGUCCAGGUGGUGGGGCUGCUGGAGCAGGAGGUCAUCUGUGUUGAGGACGUCUUGAAGCUCAUUGAGAUUGGGAAUCGAUGCAGGACUUCUGGCCAGACCUCAGCCAACUCCCAUUCCUCCCGGAGUCAUGCCGUUUUCCAGAUUAUCCUCAAAAGCAAAGGGAGACUGUAUGGCAAGUUUUCCUUGAUUGACCUGGCUGGCAAUGAGCGGGGAGCAGAUACUUCCAGGGCAGACCGACUAACCAGGUUGGAGGGAGCCGAGAUCAAUAAGAGCCUCUUGGCCCUGAAAGAAUGCAUUCGAGCCUUGGGGCGCAAUAAAGGCCACACACCUUUCCGAGCUAGCAAGCUGACCCAAGUCCUAAGAGAUUCAUUCAUUGGAGAAAACUCUUGCACCUGCAUGAUUGCCACCAUCUCCCCAGGCAUGAAGUCAUGUGAGCACACACUCAAUACCCUUAGGUAUGCCAAUCGGGUAAAAGGUCUGGUGGUCGAUCCCAAUGCCUUCAAGCAGUGCCAUCGUAUCCUGUCCAAGUCUCUCUAUCACCUGGAGGAUUCCACCCAGCCUUGGAGCAAUCAUAGCUUGCCUGAGACCGAUGAGUUCAAAAUCUUUUGCGUACCGAAAGAGGAUCAAGCCCCUUUGCCAGCUCUUAGCAUCAUCUCCAGAGGGAAAGGGCAGAAGAAGAGGAAAGAGAUUGAGAAGGCUCAGGCAGAAGAUCAUCAGGAAUCACUGAAAUGGCUGAAAGCUUUUCUUAAGAUGGCUGAAGAUGUUGAAUAUGACAUGGAGUUUUAUGCCACCCAGUUCGAAACCAUGCUGACAGAAAAGAUUGCUCUCCUUUCGGAGAUACAGGAUAAAGUGAAAUCUUUUCGGGCUAACCUCUGUAAGGAAGACAUAGAGAGCAAUGACAUCCUUAUGAAGAGAUCCCGCAUUCUGUGAGCCCUGAUAGAGUUUCUUUCUACUCUCCUGUUGUUGAGUACCGCUGGUCUUUCCGCACUAUACAUUGCAUCUAACCAUCUGGCAUUGUAAUGGCUUUUUUUAAAAGAAAAAAAAAACAAUUAAAAUUCUAUAUCUCUGGGGAUUUCCUGCUUAAAGAAAGAGGAAUUGCCUGUUUUCCUCAAUUCUGAAAUAAUGUAGAAACCUUCCAAGACCAACAUAAGAUAUUUAUUUUAGCAUUAUAAAGAUAACAUUCUUUAAGACUGAAAACAAUCCUUGGGCAUUGGCAGUUUGAAUUGGCUGUGGUUUUUUUAGAAAAUGAAUUAAUUUAAAGAGUACUGUUUGGGGGAAUAAUACUUUGAAGGAAU